AUGGUAGUCUUACAUUACCGACGGGGGGGGACCCAGAGAUGGGCGCAAGCAAAAGUGGCCAUGGAUUUCACUGAAAACUUGCAGAAGCUCAGGGGGAUGGGAAGAAGAAGCAAAAGAAUAAAAGAGAUGAUAGAUCGAUAGAAGAGGAAGGAAGGCGAGAGCGAGCCAGGGAGAGAGAGAAAAAGGGGAGAAAAAGAGAAGAGAGCGGAGAGAGAGAGAGAGAGAGAGGAGAGACGAGGAGAGAGAGAGCGAGAGAGAGAAAGAGAGAGAAGAGAGAGAGAGAGCAGAGAGAGAUAGAGAAAGAAGAGAGAGAGAGAAAAUAGUAGAGAAAGCAAGAAGAAUAAAAAAAAGAUAUAAAAAAAUAAAAAAAAAAAAACUGAACCCACAACCCCACCCACCCACACCCCACAUACUCUAUCUCCUAUAAAUCUAGUCUCUCUCUAUCCCAUGUGCUAUCUGUCUAUGUCUCUGUAUGGCAUAUCUUCUCUCUCUAGCUACUCGCUUCUCUCUCUCUCUCUCCUUCUUCUCUCUCUCUCUCUCUCUCUCUCUCUCUCUCCUCUUCUGUCUCUCUGUCUCUCUCCCCCUCUCCCUCUCUCUCUCCCCCUCUCCCUCUCUCCCUGUAGAGACAUUACACUGAGGAGGACCCAGAGAAGGAGAAGAGGGUGAAGGAGAUUGAGCAGCUGCUCAUGUCAACAGAGAAUGAGCUGAGGGGACAGCCUGCACCACCUGUGAGUGAGAGAGAGAGAGCGUGUGUGUGUGUGUGUGUGUGUGUAGGAGGAAACAUCUGGGGGUCUAUUUCACAGAAGUGAUGAAAUCACCCUUAUCUCGCUGUGUGUGCUGUGACCCCCUUGUGCAACCCCCUACCACCACCACAGCCAUCUUCCUGCCAACUUUAACUUCCCUUUCCCUCUCUCUCCCUCUCUCUCACCUCUCUCCAACAAUCUGACACUUUCUUUAUUGGCAUGGAAAACAUUGCGUCAAUAUUGCCAAAGCAACAAUGUAUACAAUAGACAUUGUAAUAAAAUAAUAAACAAUAAUAUAAAAAUGUUAACAGUCAAUAGUAGAAAUAUAAUAAAUACAAAAGGCUAAACAUGGAAAAUGAAACUAACUAACUAACUGUCAUCCUCACAUUACAUCAGUACUACAACUACCAUCAUCAUUACUACCACUACUACCACCACCAUCAUGGAAACUGCUAUCAUUACCAUCACCCCCUACUACCAUCAUCAUAUACUACUACUACCACACCAUCAUUAAAACUGCUAUCAUUACCAUCAACCCCUACUACCUCAUCAUACUACUACACUACCACACCAUCAUUAACUGCUAUCAGUUACCAUCACCCCUACUACCAUCAUCAUGACUACUACGAUACCACCACCACAUUUAAAAUGCUAUCAUUACCAUCACCCACGACCAGCAUCAAUUACGAUACGACACCACACCACCAUGCAUAAACGCUAUCAUUACCAUCACCCUACUACCAUACAUUACAAUAAUACGACGACCACCACCACCAGCAUGUAAACUGGGGAUCAGUACCAUCACCACUACGACCUCAUCAGGACGUACGACGACACCACCACCAUCAUUAAACUGAUCAUGUACCAUCCCCCACACACAAUCAUACCACACUACUACCACCACCAGCAGGAAACUGUAUCAUUACCAUCACCCUACACAUGCAUACAUACGACUACACACCACCACCAUCAGUAAAAGCUAGCAGUACCAUCACCCCGACGACCAGCAUCAGACGACGACACUACCACCAUCAUGAAACGGCGAUCAGUACCAUCACCCUUACGUACCAUCAUCAUUACUACUACACUACCACCACACCACAAAACGGCAUCAGUACCAUCACCCAUACUACCAUAAACAGACUACUACACUACACCACCACAUGAGUAAACGGCUAUCAUGUACCAUCACCCUACGACCAGCAUCAGGACUACACGACUACCAUCACCAACCAAUGAAACGGCGAUCAUUACCACACCCCGACUACCAUCAGUCAUACGUACAUACCACCACCACCAUCAUAAAACUGCUACAGUUACAUCACCCUACUACCAAAGUCAUACACGACGACUACCAACACCAUCAGUGAAACGCGACAUGACCAUCACCCCAACACCACAAGAACUACACAGACCAUCACCACCAUCAUAAAAUGCGAUCAUGGACCAGCACCCCACACCAUCAGCAUUACGACGACGACUACCACCACCAGCAGAAACGGGAUGCAGACCAGUCACCCACGAACCCCAGCAUCAGGACCCACAACUACUACACCACCACCAGAAACGGCGAUCAGGACCCACCCGACGACCAGCAGAAGGACGACGACGACGACCACCACCAGAAUGGGAAAAGGGGAUCAGACCAGCACCCCGACGACCACCAGAGACACGACUGACCACCACCAUCAUGGAAACUGGCUAUCAUACCAGCACCCGACACCAGGCAUGACUACACAAGACCACCAAACCCCAGUAAACGCUAGCAUUACUAGCACCCCUACACCAUCAUCAAUGACUACUACUACACUACCACCACCACCAUUAAACGCAUCAGACCAUCACCCCUAUACCAUCAUCAUACUACUACACCACACCACCAUCAUUAAAACGGCAGCAGUACCAUCAACCCCUCUACCAUCAUCAUACACUACUACUACCACCCACCACCAUCAUUAAAAAUGCUACAUUACCAUCACCCUCCUACCAUCAUAUACUACUACGACAUCACCACCAUCAUAAAGUAUCUACCAUACCCUACUACAUCAUAUUACUACUACUAAUACCACCACCAUCAUUAAACUGUAUCAUUACCUCACCCCUACUACAUCAUCAUUACUACUACUACACACCACAUCAUUAAACUGCUAUCAUACCAUCACCCUACUACCAUCAUCUGCUACAUACCACACCAUCAUAAACCAUGCUAUCAUACCAUCACCCUACACCAUCAUCAUUACUACACUACCACACAUCAUUAAAAUGCUAUCAUACCAUACCCCUACUACCAUCAUACUUACUACUACUACUACCACCACCAUCAUUAAACUGCUAUCAUACCAUCCACCCACUACUGAUCAUAUUACUACUACUACCACCACCCAUCAUCAAACUGCUCUCAUUACCAUCACCCCUACUACCAUCAUCAUUACUACUACUACUACCACCACCAUCAUUAAACUGCUAUCAUUACCAUCACCCCUACUACCAUCAUCAUUACUACUACUACUACCACCACCAUCAUUAAACUGCUAUCAUUACCAUCACCCCUACCACCCGUACCACUACUAUUUAGAAUAAUAAUCACAACAAUAAUAAUAAUAAUAAUAGUAAUAAUAAUACUAAUAAGUAAGUUACUGUUUACUAUGCAGAUGUUAUUAUUCAGUGUCCCUCAGGCUAUGGUAGGCAAAUACAUAUUUGGCUGCAAGAGGAGCCAUUGCUCCUUCGCCCAUGAGUAUUUGUUGUUUUUCCUCUGGGUUUAAUAAGUUAAAAUUUGGAAUUAAUGUAGUAAUUUCUGUAAAUAAUGAAUGUCAUGGUGAGGAAUAUUUAUCGCAGUAAAGGAGAAAGUGCAUCUCUGUUUCUACCUCCCUGUUGUGCAGUGACCACAUACACGCUCCUCUUUGGGUAGCCAUGUCUUUUUAUGUCUGCCGGUUUCUAUUGCCAAUUGAUGGUCACUCAGCCUGUACUUGAUAAGGAUCUGUCUCUGUUUCGUAUCUCUGACAGAGUAGAGAUAAUCAGCCAAUUUAUAGUCUGUUUAGGGCCAGAUAUGGCUGUUGCGGUGACCGUAUUACCACCACACCAGCGGUCACAAGUCAUGAAGGCAGUCAAAUUCCACUUGACCGUUUAGUCACGGUAACUAGGCUUCUCCAAGCUCUGAUGCUGCUGCUGGUCAUUAGUAGCCUACCAAACUUGCUAACUUCCUGGUACUCAGCACUCUAUUGUCCCUCUAAUCACUUUGACAUCAAUGCAAAUGUGUUUUGAAAAUCUGAUCAAACACUUCAUGGGUAAGGGGGUGGGGUAGAAGGAUUACUUUAUCCUAUCCCAGGUAUUCCUUAAAGAGGUGGGGUUUCAAAUGUCUCCGGAAGGUGGUGAGUGACUCCGCUGUCCUGGCGUCGUGAGGGAGCUUGUUCCACCAUUGGGGUGCCAGAGCAGCGGACAGUUUUGACUGGGCUGAGCGGGAACUGUGCUUCCGCAGAGGUAGGGGAGCCAGCAGGCCAGAGGUGGAUGAACGCAAUGCCCUCGUUUGGGUGUAGGGACUGAUCAGAGCCUGAAGGUACGGAGGUGCCGUUCCCCUCACAGCUCCGUAGGCAAGCACCAUGGUCUUGUAGCAGAUGCGAGCUUCAACUGGAAGCCAGUGGAGUGUGCGGAGGAGCGGGGUGACGUGAGAGAACUUGGGAAGGUUGAACACCAGACGGGCUGCGGCAUUCUGGAUGAGUUGUAGGGGUUUAAUGGCACAGGCAGGGAGCCCAGCCAACAGCGAGUUGCAGUAAUCCAGACGGGAGAUGACAAGUGCCUGGAUUAGGACCUGUGCCGCUUCCUGUGUAAGGCAGGGUCGUACUCUCCGAAUGUUGUAGAGCAUGAACCUACAGGAUCGGGUCACCGCCUUGAUGUUAGCGGAGAACGACAGGGUGUUGUCCAGGGUCACGCCAAGGCUCUUCGCACUCUGGGAGGAGGACACAACGGAGUUGUCAACCGUGAUGGCGAGAUCAUGGAAUGGGCAGUCCUUCCCUGGGAGGAAGAGCAGCUCCGUCUUGCCAAGGUUCAGCUUGAGAUGGUGAUCCGUCAUCCAUACUGAUAUGUCUGCCAGACAUGCAGAGAUGCGAUUCGCCACCUGGUUAUCAGAAGGGGGAAAGGAGAAGAUUAGUUGUGUGUCAUCUGCGUAGCAAUGAUAGGAGAGGCCAUGUGAGGAUAUGACAGAGCCAAGUGACUUGGUGUAUAGCGAGAAUAGGAGAGGGCCUAGAACUGAGUCCUGAGGGACACCAGUGGUGAGAGCACGUGGUGCGGAGACAGCUUCUCGCCACGCCAUUUGGUAGGAGCGACCGGUCAGGUAGGACGCAAUACAAGAGUGAGCCGCGCCGGAGAUGCCCAGCUCGGAGAGGGUGGAGAGGAGGAUCUGAUGGUUCACAGUAUCAAAGGCAGCAGACAGGUCUAGAAGGACAAGAGCAGAGGAGAGAGAGUUAGCUUUAGCAGUGCGGAGAGCCUCCGUGACACAGAGAAGAGCAGUCUCAGUUGAAUGACCAGUCUUGAAACCUGACUGGUUUGGAUCAAGAAGGUCAUUUUGAGAGAGAUAGCAGGAGAGUUGGCUAGAGACGGCACGUUCAAGAGUUUUGGAGAGAAAAGAAAGAAGGGAUACUGGUCUGUAGUUGUUGACAUCAGAGGGAUCGAGUGUUGGUUUUUUGAGAAGGGGUGCAACUCUCGCUCUCUUGAUGACGGAAGGGACAUAGCCAGCGGUCAAGGAUGAGUUGAUCAGCGAGGUGAGGUAAGGGAGAAGGUCACUGGAGAUGGUCUGGAGAAGAGAGGAGGGGAUAGGGUCAAGCGGGCAGGUUGUUGUGCGGCCGGCCGUCACAAGUCGCAAGAUUUUAUCUGGAGAGAGACGGGAGAAAGAAGUCAAAGCAUAGGGUAGGGCAGUGUGAGCAGGACCAGCAGUGUCAUUUGAAUUAACAAACGAUGAUCGGAUGUCGUCAACCUUCUUUUCAAAAUGGUUGACGAAGUCAUCCACAGAGAGGGAGGAGGGGGGGAGGGGGAGGAGGAUUCAGCAGGGAGGAGUAGGUGGCAAAGAGCUUCCUAGGGUUAGAGGCAGAUGCUUGGAAUUUAGAGUGGUAGAAAGUGGCCUUAGCAGCAGAAACAGAUGAAGAAAAUGUAGAGAGGAGGGAGUGAAAAGAUGCCAGGUCCGCAGGGAGUCUAGUUUUCCUCCAUUUCCGCUCUGCUGCCCGGAGCCCUGUUCUGUGAGCUCGCAGUGAGUCAUCAAGCCACGGAGCAGGAGGGGAGGACCGAGCAGUCCGGGAGGAUAGGGGACAUAGAGAGUCAAAGGAUGCAGAAAGGGAGGAGAGGAGGAUUGAGGAGGCAGAAUCAGGAGAUUGGAGGGAGAAGGAUUGAGCAGAGGGAAGAGAUGAUAGGAUGGAAGAGGAGAGAGUAGCGGGAGAGAGAGAGCGAAGGUGGGCAGUGUACAUACAUUUUAUUAAGUCAUACACCUUACCACCAAGUCCACUUUGGAUAAUUUUGAAGAAUAGACCUUCAUGCCAAAUAGAAUCGAAUGAUUUUUUAAUGUCAAUAAAGCAAGCAAAGAUUUUGCCCUCUUUUUUUUGGUGGACGUGUUUAUUAAUUAGUGUGUGUAAGGUGGAUAUAUGGUCAGUAGUACGAUGGUUGGGGAGAAAGCCAAUUUCACAUUUACUUAUUAAAUUUUUUUCUUGAAGAAAGGUUUGGAUUCUUGAAUUCAAAAUGCUACAGAAAACCUUUCCCAAGUUGCUGUUUACGCACAUUCCCCUGUAAUUAUUGGGGUCUGAUUUGUCUCCACUUCUGUGGAUAGGGGAGAUGAGCCCCUGGUUCCAGACAUCAGGAAAGCAGCCAGAAGUUACUACCAUGUUGAACAAUUUAAGCACAGCAUUUUGCAACUCAGGCGUGCUGUUCUAUAAACCAAAGCCUUCUUUGGUUUAUAGAUUUGAGCUUUUCAUUUAGUUCUUGUUGGGUUAUUGGGUAAUCUAAUGGAUUUUGCUUGUUUUUAAUGACCGAUUCAAGGAUGUUCGAUUUUUCUUGAAUUUCUAAUUGGGUAUGUUGUAAGUCUUUUAGUGGGAUGUUUUUGUAUAGAUUAUCAAAAUAAGUUUUCCAAAUUCCUUCAUCUUAUAUGGCUAAUUCUUGUGGCUUUAUCAUGCUUAAAUUGUUCCACAUGUCCCAGAACUGAUUUUGGUCAAUUGCGUUUUCAAUUUCUUGCGUUUUAGUGUAUGUUUAUACUGUUUCAGAAUCUCUCUCGCUCUCUCUCUCUCUCUCUCUCUCUCUCUCUCUCUCCGGAACUGAUUUUGGUCAAUUGCACUUUCAAUUUCAUCAAGUGUCUUGUUGGUAUAAUUCAAUUUCUUGCGUUUCAGUGUAUGUUUAUACUGUUUCAGAGUUUCAUAGUAUUCAUAGCGUAGCUCCGGGUUGUUUCGCUGCUUAUGUUUAUCAUUUUACAUUUGUCUUAGGUGUUUUCUAAUUGUUUUACAUUCGUUAUCAAACCAUUUUCCAGAAACAUUUAGUUUUUUGUUUCUGAUGUUGCAUUUCUUUGGUUUUCUCAAAUUUGCUUUUGAUGCUGCUUUUUGGAAUAUGCAGUUGAUGUUUCGAGUAGCCGAAUUGACACCUUCUUUAUUGUUUUGGUAUAUAUCAUUUUAUUUGAGUUCAAUGUUUCAAUGAAUUUCUCUGCACUGUUUGGAGCCCAUCUGUACGAUUGGUUCAUGCUGUAGAGUUUAUUGGGCUGUUUUUUUGAAUGAGUAUUGCUGGUUAAUUUCUUCAGAAACACGUUGAUCUGACUGUGAUCUGACAAUGGUGUCUGUGGUCUGACAGUGAAUGCACUAAUGGAGGAGGGGUCCAUGUCAGUGAUGGCAUAAUCGACUACAUUUGUCCCAAGAGCUGAGCAGUAAGUAAACUGACCUAAAGAGUCCCCUCUGAUUCUACCAUUAAGCAUGUACAGGCCUAAGGCUCGACAGAGAUGCACUAACUCCUUCACGUUUUUGUUCAGUAUUUGGUCAGGACUGUUUCUAUUAUUUAUAAUAGGGCUACUGUACAAGGAGGGGUGUCCCAAUAUGUGGUGGUUACCUCCCGCAUCAGUGUAGUCAGGCUCAGAACCUGUUCUCGCAUUGCAUUCUCCAUAAAGAAGCACUUUACUCUCUGCCUGAAAUUGAAGGAUUUCUUUAUGGAGAUUGUCAAAAAACUGAUCAUCAUAAUAUGAUGAAUCUGAAGGAGGAGCAUAAGCUGCACAUAUGUAUACAUCAUUGUCACAAUAGAUUGUACCUUUGUUAAGUUUUAACCAAAUGUGAUUAGUACCUUUUUUCAUUUCAUUCAGUGCUAAGUGCUGCUUAUGCCAAAUGAGUCCCGGCCCCGUUUAAAUUUUUUAUGUUUGAUUGAUGGUAUUAACCUUUCUCUAUAUCCUGAGGGACACUGAUUAUCAAUGUCUCCACGACACCAUGUUUCCAGUAGGAUUAUGAUGUCCUGUCCCUUGAUGUUUUUAAGAAAUUCUGGAUUUGUUGUUUUAUAACCAAAAUGAGAAGAAUACAGGCCCUGGAUAUUCCAAGAGCUAAUAGUUAAUUAUCUCAUUUAUAAUAAGUUAUAUUCACUGGUUUGAGUAAAGUACAUUGAAAAAAUAAAUUAUAAUGAUAAAAAAUAAAUACAAAUAAAUAAACAAUAUAUAUAUAUAUAUAUAUAUAUAUAUAUAUAUAUAUAUAUAUAUACACUACCAGUCAAAAGUUUGGACACACCUACUCAUUCAAGGGUUUUUCUUUAUUUUUACUAUUUUUUAUAUUGUAGAAUAAUAGUGAAGACAUCAAAACUAUGAAAUAACACAUAUGGAAUCAUGUAGUAACCAACUAAGUGUUAAACAAAUCAAAAUAUAUUUUAUAUUUGAGACUCUUCAAAUAGCCACCAUUUGCCUUGAUGACAGCUUUGCACACUCUUGGCAUUCUCUCAACCAGCUUCACCUGGAAUGCUUUUCCAAUAGUCCUGAAGGAGUUCCCACAUAUGCUGAGCACUUGUUGGCUGCUUUUCCUUCACUCUGCUGUCCGACUCAUCCCAAACCAUCUCAAUUUGGUUGAGGUCGGGGGAUUGUGGAGGCCAGGUCAUCUGAUGCAGCACUCCAUCACUGUCCUUCUUGGUCAAAUAGCCCUUACACAGACUGGAGGUGUGUUGGGUCAUUGUCCUGUUGAAAAACAAAUGAUAGUCCCACUAAGGACAAACCAGAUGGGAUGGCGUAUCGCUGCAGAAUGCUGUGGUAGCCAUGCUGGUUAAGUGUGCCUUGAAUUCUAAAUAAAUCACUGACAGUGUCACCAGCAAAACACCCCCACACCAUCACACCUCCUCCUCCAUGCUUCACGGUGGGAACCACACAUGCGGAGAUCAUCCGUUCACCUACUCUGCGUCUCACAAAGACACGGUGGUUGGAACCAAAAAUCUCAAAUUUGGACUCAUCAGACCAAAGGACAGAUUUCCAGCGGUCUAAUGUCCAUUGCUCGUGUUUCUUGGCCCAAGCAAGUCUCUUCUUAUUAUUGGUGUGUCCUUUAGUAGUGGUUCGGCCAUGAAGAAAUCCGACCAUGAAGACCUGAUUCACGUAGUCUCCUCUGAGCAGUUGAGGUUGAGAUGUGUCUGUGACUUGAACUCUGUGAAGCAUUUAUUUGGGCUGCAAUCUGAGGCUGGUAACUCUAAUGAACUUAUCCUCUGCAGCAGAGUUAACGCUGUGUCUUCCAUUCCUGUGGCGGUCCGCAUGAGAGCCAGUUUCAUCAUAGCGCUUGAUGUUUUUUGCGACUGCGCUUGAAGAAACUUUAAAAGUUCUUGAAAUGUUCCGUAUUGACUGACCUUCAUGUCUUAAAGUAAUGAUGGACUGUCAUUUGAAAACAAGUGAUAAAAACAAUCAAAAAUGAACAGUAAACAUUAAUAUCUCUCUCUCUCUUGCUCUUUGUCUCUCUCUCUCUCUCUCUCACAGAUCAUUCCGUUCUCCAGCUGGGGGGCUCGUACCAGUUCAGAGGGCCGAGGUCAUCACCACCAGGCCACCGCCCCCUGCCUCUCUACAGAGAGCACCUCGUCCUCACACAGCAACAACAACAACAACAACAACAACAACAACAAUAACAACAUCAACAACAACAACAGUCACCACGACAGCCACACCCUCUCCAACCUCCCGGAGUUCAUGGAGUCAGUCAUCGACUCGGUAAGUCGACUCUUUGUAUGUGUGUGUGUGUGUGUGUGUGUGUGUGUGUGUGCGCGUGUGUGUAUGGCAGAUGUAUUUGAAUACUACAGAGAUAACCUGUGAGUCAAUGUACUCUAAGACAAUAUGUCUCUCAAUAGGACUUGUAUAGAAACGUCCAAAUUCACCCAACCAAGAGAUUCCCUACUAAUGCUAAUACUGGCGCCGGAAAAGAUGGCUGCCGUUUUACAGCCCUCUAACCAAUUGUACUAUGAUGUGUGUUUUUUCGCGUUAUUUGUAAUUUAUUCUGUACAUAAUGUUUCUGCCAUGGUCUCUUAUAACCAAAAAGAGCUUCUGGAUAUCAGGACAGCGAUUACUCACCUUGUAUUGGACGAAGAUUUUUUCUUCAACGAGUCGGACGCGAAGGAUAUCCUACAGACACUCGACAAGGCCCAAAUCCCCGUCAUUUGCAGGAGAAAGAGACGGAGAUAUCAUGGACGUAGGUCGGGGUGCCUCGUAAGGAUCCGAUGGCGAGCGAGUAAACUGCCUCUUCCAUCAAUCCUAUUAGCCAAUGUUCAAUCAUUGGAAAAUAAAUUAGAUGACCUACGAUUACGCUUAUCCUACCAACGGGACAUUAAAAACUGUAAUAUCUUAUGUUUCACCGAGUCGUGGCUGAACGACGACAUGGACAACAUACAGCUAGCGGGCUAUACGCUACACCGGCAGGAUAGAACGGCUGACUCCGGUAAGACAGGGGGUGGCGGUCUGUGUAUAUUUGUAAACAACAGCUGGUGCACAAAAUCUAAUACUAAGGUAGUCUCUAGGUUUUGCUCGCCUGAGGUAGAGUAUCUCAUGAUAAGCUGUAGACCACACUAUCUACCAAGAGUUUUCAUCUAUAUUUUUCAUAGCCGUCUAUUUACCACCACAAACCGAUGCUGGCACUAAGAACGCACUCAAUGAGCUGUAUAAGGCCAUAACUAAACACGAAAAUGCUCAUUCAGUGGCAGCGCUCCUAGUGGCCGGGGACUUUAAUGCAGGGAAACUCAAAUCCGUUCUACCUAAUUUCUACCAGCAUGUUAAAUGUGCAACCAGAGGAAAAAAAACUCUAGACCACCUUUACUCCACACACAGAGACGCAUACAAAGCUCUCCCUCGCCCUCCAUUUUUGCUUAUAAGCAAAAACUAAAGCAGGAAGCACCAGUGACUCGGUUAAUAAAAAAGUGGUCAGAUGACGCAGAUGCUAAGCUACAGGACUGUUUUGCUAGCACAGACUGGAACAUGUUCCGGGAUUCUUCAGAUAGCAUUGAGGAGUACACCACAUCAGUCACUGGCUUCAUCAAUAAGUUCAUCGAUGACGUCGUCCCCACAGUGACCGUACGUACAUACCCCAACCAGAAGCCAUGGAUUACAGGCAACAUCCGCACUGAGCUAAAGGGUAGAGCUGCCGCUUUCAAGGAGCGGGACUCUAACCCGGACGCUUAUAAGAAAUCCCGCUAUGCCCUCCGACGAACCAUCAAACAGGCAAAGAGUCAAUACAGGACUAAGAUUGAAUCGUACUACACUGGCUCUGACGCUCGUCGGAUGUGGCAGGGCUUGAAAACUAUUACAGACUACAAAGGGAAGCCUACCAGACAAGCUAAACUACUUCUAUGCUCGCUUCGAGGCAAGCAACACUGAAGCAUGCAUGAGAGCACCAGCUGUUCCGGAUGACUAUGUGAUCACGCUCUCCGUAGCCGAUGUGAAUAAGACUUUUAAGCAGGUCAACAUUCACAAGGCCACAGGGCCAGACGGAUUACCAGGACGUGUACUCCGAGCAUGUGCUGACCAACUGGCAAGGUUCUUCACCGAUAUUUUCAACAUGUCCCUGACUGAGUCUGUAAUACCAAAAUGUUUCAAGCAGACCACCAUAGUCCCCGUGCCCAAGGACACUAAGAUAACCUGCCUAAAUGACUACCGACCCAUAGCACUGACGUCUGUAGCCAUGGAGUGAUUUGAAAGGCUGGUCAUGGCUCACAUCAACACCAUUAUUCCAGAAACCCUAGACCCACUCCGAUUUGCAUACUGCCCCAACAGAUCCACAGAUGAUGCAAUCUCUAUUGCACUCCACACUGCCCUUUCCCACCUGGACAAGAGGAACACCUACGUGAGAAUGCUAUUCAUUGACUACAGCUCUUCGUUCAACACCUUAGUGCCCUCAAAGCUCAUCACUAAGCUAAGGACCCUGGGACUAAACACCUCCCUCUGCAACUGGAUCCUGGACUUCCUGGCCCCCAGGUGGUAAGGGUAGGUAACAACACAUCUGCCACGCUGAUCCUCAACACGGGGCCCCUCAGUGGUGCGUGCUCAGUCCCCUCCUGUACUCCCUGUUCACCCAUGACUGCAUGGCCAGGCACAACUCCAACACCAUCAUUAAGUUUGCCGACGACACAACAGUGGUAGGCCUGAUCACUGACAACAGUGAGACAGCCUAUAGGGAGGAGGUCAGAGACCUGGCCAUGUGGUGCCAGGAUAACAACCUCUCCUUCAACGUGACAAAGACAACGGAGAUGAUUGUGGACUACAGGAAAAAAAAAAGAGGACUGAGCCCGCCCCCAUUCUCAUCGACAGGGCUGUAGUGGAACAGGUUGAGAGCUUCAAGUUCCUUGGUGUCCACAUCACCAACGAACUAUCAUGGUCCAAACACACCAAGACAGUCGUGAAGAGGGCACGACAAAGCCUAUUCCCCCUCAGGAGACUGAAAAGAUUUGGCAUGCGUCCUCAGAUCCUCAAAAAGUUCUACAGCUGCACCAUCGAGAGCAUCCUGACUGGUUGCAUCACCGCCUGGUAUGGCAACUGCUCUGCCUCCGAUCGCAAGGCACUACAGAGGGUAGUGCGUACGGCUCAGUACAUCACUGGGGCCAAGCUUCCUGCCAUCCAGGACCUCUAUACCAGGCGGUGUCAGAGGAAGGCCCUCAAAAUUGUCAAAGACUCCAGCCACCCUAGUCAUAGACUGUUCUCUCUGCUACCGCACGGCAAGCGGUACCGAAGUGCCAUGUCUAGGUCCAAAAGGCUUCUCAACAGCUGCUACCCCCAAGCCAUAAGACUCCUGAACAGCUAAUCAUGGCUACCCGGACUAUUUUCACUGCCCCCCCACCCCCACCCCAUCUUUUUACGCUGCUGCUACUCUGUUAAUGAUUUAUGCAUAGUCACUUUAACUCUACCAACAUGUACAUAUUACUUCAACUACCUCAACUAGCCGGUGCCCCCGCACAUUGACUCUGCACCGGUACCCCCCUGUAUAUAGCCUCCCUACUGUUAUUUUAUUUUAUUUUAUUUCUGCUAUUUUUUUCUCAACACUUUUUUGUUGUUUUAUUUUACUUUUUUAUUAAAAAAUAAAUGCACUGUUGGUUAAGUAAGCAUUUCACGGUAAUGUCUACACCUGUUGUAUUCGGCGCAUGUGGCAAAUACAAUUUGAUUUGAUUUGAUUUGACUGUAGCCAAGACUAGACUAGACCUGAUGCUGCUCUGUCGCUUCCGUCCUCACCCUCCUCAGAGCCGCCCCUCAUUGGGUGAGUUCAGCACCAGCCAGCUCUCUGAUAGAAGCUCUUCCAGAAUGGACAGGGGCUUGCCCAAUCAGGGCUCAAUCCUGCGUUUUUAUUGGCCGGUUUCGUCUGCUCCAGUCGAAAGUGUCCCCCUGUCAGAAUCCUGCAUUUCUCAUCCUCGCAGGUAGCUAAACAACGGUAGAACCAAUCACCGUCAUCCCAUCUGAUUACAUCAUCUAAUCAUUAUGCCAGUCAGAGGACUAAUCAGUGUGUCAUUAUCAAAUAUACAUCUCUCUCUUUCUGUCUCUCUCUUUCUGUUUCGCUCUCUCUCUGUCUCUCUCUCUCCCUCUCUCUCUCUUUCUCUCUCUUUCUUUCUUCUCUCUCUCCUCUCUCUCUCUCUCUCUCUCUCUCUCUCUCUCUCUCUCUCUCCUCUCUCUCUCUCUCUCUCUCUCUCCUCUCUCUUCUCUCUCUCAAAUUCAAGCUGCUUUAUUGGCAUGGAAAACAUUGCGUCAAUAUUGCCAAAGCAACAAUGUAUACAAUAGACCUUGUAAUAAAAUAAUAAACAAUAAUAUAAAAAUGUUAACAGUCAAUAGUAGAAAUAUAAUAAAUACAAAAGGCUAAACAUGGAAAAUGAAACUAACUAACUAACUGUCAUCCUCACCAUUACAUCAGUACUACAACUACCAUCAUCAUUACUACUACUACUACCACCACCAUCAUUAAACUGCUAUCAUUACCAUCACCCCUACUACCAUCAUCAUUACUACUACUACCAUCACCACCAUCAUUAAACUGAUAUCAUUACCAUCACCCCUACUACCAUCAUCAUUACCACUACUACUACCACCACCAUCAUUAAACUGCUAUCAUUACCAUCACCCCUACUACCAUCAUCAUUACUACUACUACUACCACCACCAUCAUUAAACUGCUAUUAUUACCAUCACCCCUACUACCAUCAUCAUUACUACUACUACCACCACCAUCAUUAAACUGCUAUCAUUACCAUCACCCCUACUACCAUCAUCAUUACUACUACUACUACCGAACCACCAUCAUUAAAACUGCUAUCAUUACCAUCACCCCCUACUACCAUCAUCAUUACUACUACUACUACCACCCACCAUCAUUAAAACUGCUAUCAUUACCAUCACCCCUACUACCAUCAUCAUUACUACUACUACUACCCACCACCAUCAUUAACUGCUAUCAUUACCAUCAACCCCUACUACCAUCAUCAUUACUACUACUACUACCACCACCAUCAUUAAACUGCUAUCAUUACCAUCACCCCUACUACCAUCCAUCAUUACUACUACUAACUACCACCACACCAUCAUUAAACUGCUAUCAUUACCAUCACCCCUACUACCAUCAUCAUUACUACUACUACUACCACCACCAUCAUUAAACUGCUAUCAUUACCAUCACCCCUACUACCAUCAUCAUUACUACUACUACUACCACCACCAUCAUUAAACUGCUAUCAUUACCAUCACCCCUACUACCAUCAUCAUUACUACUACUACUACCACCACCAUCAUUAAACUGCUAUCAAAAGAGGACCAAGCAGCAUGUCCAGGAACAGACAGCCUGGACCUGGGAGGAGAUCCUGGACGGGAAGGGAUCCUGGACUUGGGAGGAGAUUCAGGCCGGAAUGGAUCGCCGUCCUUGGGAGGAGACUGUGGAGGCGCGCUAUAGAGAGGAGCAGCGGCAACGCAGAGGGUACCGGCCGAGGAGGAAGCCCGAGAGACAGCCCCAAUAUUUUUUUUUGGGGGGGGCUAAAAGGGUGGUUGGCGGAGCCUAGGGUUAGAGCAGAGCCAACUCCUCGUACUCAGGCUAGGAAGCGUGUGACUGGGCAGGCUCCGUGUUAUGCGGAGCCACGUACUGUGCCGCGAGUGUUCCGGCACAGUCCUGUACGUCCUGUGCUAGCACCACGCACGUGUCGUGCAAAGAUGGGCAUUCAGCCAGGACGGGGUGUGCCGGCUCAACGCUCGUGGUCUCCAGUACGCCUCCUCGGUCCCGUAUAUCCUGCGCCAGUGCCACGUGCUGUAGCGCCAGUACGAGUGCACAGCCCCGUACGUCCUGUGCUGAUGCCUCACACGUAUUGUGUGGAAGUAGGCAUUCAGCCAGGACGGGUUGUGUCAGCUCUUCGCUCCAGACCUCCAGUCCGCCUCCACAGUCCGGCCCGGCCCGUUCCGGCUCCCCGCACCAAGCCAGUGGUGCGUGUUCCCAGUUUGCCCGGCCUGUUCCUGUCCCUCGCACCAAGCCAGUGGUGCGCGUCGCCAGCCCGGUCCGGCCUGUUCCUGCCCCUCGCACCAAGCCAGUGGUGCGCGUCACCAGCCCGGUCCGGCCGGUUCCUGCUCCCCGCACCAAGCCAGUAGUGCGUGUUCCCAGUCCAGCCCGGCCUGUUCCUGUCCCUCGCACCAAGCCUGUGGUGCGCGUCGUCAGCCCAGUGCGGCCCGUUCCUGCUCCCCGCACCAAGCCAGUGGUGCGCGUCGUCAGCCCGGUCCGGCCCAUUCCUGCUCCCCGCACCAAGCCAGUGGUGCGCGUCGUCAGCCCGGUCCGGCCCGCUCCUGUUCCCCGCACCAAGCCAGUGGUGCGUGUGUCCAGUCCGGCACGGCCCGUGCCUGUUCCACCGGUGCCUGGUCCGGCACCGGUCAGCUGCUCCACUCCGGAGCCAGAGCAAUCCGCUCCACCGGGGUCCGUUCCAACUCCUGUCAGCGGAUCCACUCUGGAGCCAGAGCAAUCCGCUCCACCGGUGCCCAGUCCAGCUCCGGCCAGCGGCUCCAGUCCGGAGCCUGUACAGAUCGAUCCACCGUUGUCGGGUCCAGCUCCAGUCAGCGGUGCCAGACCAGACCAGGGGCGCAACGGACUAGAGUGUCACCCCCUUUAAAGAGGGGGAUGACCGCGGCAGCUUUCCAAUCUCUGGGGAUCUCAGAUGAUACGAAAGAGAGGUUGAACAGGCUAGUAACAGGGGUUGCUACAAUUUCAGUGGCUAAUUUUAGAAAUAAAGGGUCCAGAUUGUCUAGCCCAGCUGAUUUGUAGGGGUCCAGAUUUAGCAGCUCUUUCAGAACAUCAGCUGUCUGAAUUUGGGUGAAGGGGAAGCGGCGGGGGGGGGGGGGGGGUUGGGCAUGGGCAAGUUGCAGCAGAGGGUGCAGAGCUGGUGGCCGGGGGUAGGGUAGCCAGGUGGAAAGCAUGGCCAGCCAUAGCAAAAUGCUUAUUGAAAUUCUCGAUUAUCAUAGAUUUAUCGGUGGUGACAGUGUUUCCUAGCCUCAGUGCAUUGGGCAGCUGGGAGGAGGUGCUCUUAUUCUCCAUGGACUUUACAGUGUCCCAAAACCUUUUGGAGUUAGUGCUACAGGAUGCACAUUUCUGUUUGAAAAAGCUAGCCUUUGCUUUCCUAACUGAUUUGUGUAUAUUUGUUCCUGACUUCCCUGAAAAGUUGCAUAUUGCGGGGGCUGUUCGAUGCUAAUGCAGUACGCCACAGGAUGUUUUUGUGCUGGUCAAGGGCAGUCAAGUCUGGGGUGAACCAGGGUCUAUAUCUGUUCUUAGUUCUGAAUUUUUUGAAUGGGGCAUGCUUAUUUAAGAUGGAGAGGAAAGCACUUUUAAAGAACAACCAGGCAUCCUCUACUGACGGAAUUAGGUCAAUAUCCAUCCAGAAUACCUGGGCCACGUCAAUUAGAAAGGCCUGCUCGCUGAAGGCAGUGAUCACUGAGAUCCUGGUUGAAGACAGCGGAGGUGUAUUUAGAGGGUAAAUUAGUCAGGAUGAUAUCUAUGAGGGUGCCCAUGUUUACAGAUUUAGGGUUGUACCUGGUAGGUUCCUUGAUAAUUUGUGUGAGAUUGAGGGCAUCUAGUUUAGAUUGUAGGACGGCCGGUGUGUUAAGCAUGUCCCAGUUUAGGUCACCAAGCAGUACGAACUCUGAGGAUAGAUGGGGGCAAUCAAUUCACAUAUGGUGUCCAGGGCACAGCUGGGGGCUGAGGGGGGUCUGUAGCAAGCAGCAACAGUGAGAGACUUAUUUCUGGAAAGGUGGAUUUUUAGAAGUAGAAGCUCAAACUGUUUGGGCACAGACCUGGAUAGUAUGAUAGAGCUCUGCAGGCUAUCUCUACAGUAGAUUGCAACUCCACCCCCUUUGGCAGUUCUAUCUAGACGGAAAAUGUUAUAGUUGGGGAUGGAAAUUUCAGAAUUUUUGGUGGCCUUCCUAAGCCAGGAUUCAGACACUGCUAGAACAUCAGGGUUGGCGGAGUGUGCUAACGCAGUGAAUAACUCAAACUUAGGAAGUAUACUUCUGAUAUUUACAUGCAGGAAACCAAGGCUUUUGCGAUUACAGAAGUCAGCAAAUGAUAGCGCCUGGGGAGUAGGAGUGAUACUGAGGGCUGCAGGGCCUGGGUUAGCCUCUACAUCACCGGAGGAACAGAGGAGGACUAGAAUAAGGAUACGGCUAAAGGCUUUAAGAACUGGUAUUCUAGUGCGUUGGGUACAUAGAAUAAAGGGGGCAGAUUUCCGGGCGUUGUAGAAAAGAUUCAGGGCAUUAUGUACAGACAACGAUAUGGAAGGAUAUGAGUAAAGUGGAGGUAAACCUAAGCGUUGGGUAACAAUGAAAGAGAUAGCAUCACUGGAGGCACCAAUUGAGUUGGUCUCCGCGUGUAUGGGGGGGUGGGACAAAGGAGCUAUCUAAGGCAGGUUUAGCUGGGCUGGGGGAUCUACAGUGAAAUAGUACAAUUAGAAAUAACCGAAACAACAAUAAGCUAACCAUAUUGACAUGGGAGAGAGGCAUAAAGCAAUCACAGGUGUUAAUCGAGAGAGCUAAGACAACAACUGGUAAUGGCGACGAAAGUUUGGGCUGAGGCUAAACAGAUAAACAGGAUGGGGUACCGUAUAAAGGAACAGUCCAGCAGGCAUCAGCUGUGUAGCUGAGUGAUCAUAAGGUCCAGUGAACAGCAAUAAGUAAGUCCGGGAGCAGUUUGUAGGCUGCUACGCUACAGGCGAGCUGGAGGCACGGCUGUUGAUUGCGUGUGCUAGCGGGCCCGGUCUAGCAGAUGGAUCUUCAUGGUCGUCGCAAUGGGAAGCCUGUUGAAACCACAUCAGGCGAUUACGUCGGCAGACCAGUCGUGAUGGAUCGGCGGGGUGCCGUGUCGACACUAGGAGGUCCCGUCCGGUUGACAGAGAGGUGGAUAGCCGGGAGAUGGGCCUGGCUCAAGGCUAGCUCAAGGCUAACUGGUGUUGGCUUCAGGACAGUGGUGAUUAGCCAACAACAACAUCCAUUCAGUUGCAGCUAGCUAGUUACGAUGAUCCGGUGUUAAAGGUCCAGUGAUUCAGUGAUUCCAGCAGAAAAUCCGAUAUGUUCUGGGUCGAUAACGCGCUGUGCAGACUGGCCGAUAAUAGUCCAGGCUAGAGCUGGCUGGUAGGUAGUGCAGGCCACGGACAGUGGUGAAAACCGCUAACGGUGGCUAAUAGCAAGUAGCUAGUUACAGCCGGUUCUAUAUAAAACGGUAUAAGAAAUAAUAGAAUCCGUUCCACAUUGGGUGAGGCGGGUUGCAGGAAAGUAUAUUUAGUUGAAGAAUGAAAAGUGAGAUUGAGAAAUAUAUACGAAAAAGACAAAAAACUAAAAAAACUAAAAAAACAGGCUAUUUACACGAGCACACUACAGAACACACGACCACACUGCUACGCCAUCUUGAUCUAUUACCAGUGUCAAAUAUAUUUUCUAGAUGGUCAGAGAAGAACAACAUUGGCAGUGCAACCAUAGCCUGUGUGUAAUGUAAUGUAUAGCCUACUGCACAAACCUCAUUUCUUCAGAACUGUUGUUAAUUACUUAAUGUUGCACAGGCCUGUUUUGUAAGUAAUGUUGAAAAAAAUAUAUCUGACUGGUAGUGAUUUUGACUCAGAAAAGUUUGGUGACAACUGCUAUAGACUGACUACUAUACUAUAGACUGACUACUAUACUAUAGACUGACUACUAUGCUAUAGACUGACUACUAUACUAUAGACUGACUACUAUACUAUAGACUGACUACUAUACUAUAGACUGACUACUAUACUAUAAACUGACUACUAUACUAUAGACUGACUACUAUACUAUAGACUGACUACUAUACUAUAGACUGACUACUAUACUAUAGACUGACUACUACACUAUAGACUGACUACUAUACUAUAGACUGACUACUAUACUAUAGACUGACUACUAUACUAUAGACUGAUUACUAUACUAUAGACUGAUUACUAUACUAUAGACUGACUACUAUACUAUAGACUGACUACUAUACUAUAGACUGACUACUAUACUAUAGACUGACUACUAUACUAUAGACUGAUUACUAUACUAUAGACUGAUUACUAUACUAUAGACUGACUACUAUACUAUAGACUGACUACUAUACUAUAGACUGACUACUACACUAUAGACUGACUACUAUACUAUAGACUGACUACUAUACUAUAGACUGACUACUAUACUAUAGACUGACUACUAUAAUAUAGACUGACUACUAUACUAUAGACUGAUUACUAUACUAUAGACUGAUUACUAUACUAUAGACUGACUACUAUACUAUAGACUGACUACUAUACUAUAGACUGACUACUAUACUAUAGACUGAUUACUAUACUAUAGACUGAUUACUAUGCUAUAGACUGACUACUAUACUAUAGACUGACUACUAUACUAUAGACUGACUACUAUACUAUAGACUGAUUACUAUACUAUAGACUGACUACUAUACUAUAGACUGACUACUAUACUAUAGACUGAUUACUAUACUAUAGACUGAUUACUAUACUAUAUACUGACUACUAUACUAUAGACUGACUACUAUACUAUAGACUGAUUACUAUACUAUAGACUGAUUACUAUACUAUAGACUGACUACUAUACUAUAGACUGACUACUAUACUAUAGACUGACUACUAUACUAUAGACUGAUUACUAUACUAUAGACUGAUUACUAUACUAUAGACUGACUACUAUAAUAUAGACUGACUACUAUACUAUAGACUGAUUACUAUACUAUAGACUGAUUACUAUACUAUAGACUGACUACUAUACUAUAGACUGACUACUAUACUAUAGACUGAUUACUAAACUAUAGACUGACUACUAUACUAUAGACUGAUUACUAUACUAUAGACUGACUACUAUACUAUAGACUGACUACUAUACUAUAGACUGAUUACUAUACUAUAGACUGAUUACUAUACUAUAGACUGACUACUAUACUAUAGACUGACUACUAUACUAUAGACUGAUUACUAUACUAUAGACUGAUAAUACUAGAUACUAACUAUAGACUGACUACUAUACUAUAGACUGAUUACUAUACUAUAGACUGACUACUAUACUAUAGACUGAUUACUAAACUAUAGACUGACUACUAUACUAUAGACUGAUUACUAUACUAUAGACUGACUACUAUACUAUAGACUGAUUACUAUACUAUAGACUGACUACUAUACUAUAGACUGAUUACUAAACUAUAGACUGACUACUAUACUAUAGACUGAUUACUAUACUAUAGACUGAUUACUAUACUAUAGACUGACUACUAUACUAUAGACUGACUACUAUACUAUAGACUGACUACUAUACUAUAGACUGAUUACUAUACUAUAGACUGACUACUAUACUAUGGACUGACUACUAUACUAUAGACUGACUACUAUACUAUAGACUGAUUACUAUACUAUAGACUGAUUACUAUACUAUAGACUGACUACUAUACUAUAGACUGAUUACUAUACUAUAGACUGAUUACUAUACUAUAAACUGACUACUAUACUAUAGACUGACUACUAUACUAUAGACUGAUUACUAUACUAUAGACUGAUUACUAUACUAUAGACUGACUACUAUACUAUAGACUGACUACUAUACUAUAGACUGAUUACUAUACUAUAGACUGAUUACUAUACUAUAGACUGACUACUAUACUAUAGACUGAUUACUAUACUAUAGACUGACUACUAUACUAUAGACUGAUUACUAAACUAUAGACUGACUACUAUACUAUAGACUGACUACUAUACUAUAGACUGAUUACUAUACUAUAGACUGACUACUAUACUAUAGACUGACUACUAUACUAUAGACUGACUACUAUACUAUAGACUGAUUACUAUACUAUAGACUGACUACUAUACUAUAGACUGACUACUAUACUAUAGACUGACUACUAUACUAUAGACUGAUUACUAUACUAUAGACUGAUUACUAUACUAUAGACUGACUACUAUACUAUAGACUGAUUACUAUACUAUAGACUGACUACUAUACUAUAGACUGAUUACUAAACUAUAGACUGACUACUAUACUAUAGACUGAUUACUAUACUAUAGACUGAUUACUAUACUAUAGACUGAUUACUAUACUAUAGACUGACUACUAUACUAUAGACUGAUUACUAUACUAUAGACUGAUUACUAUACUAUAGACUGACUACUAUACUAUAGACUGACUACUAUACUAUAGACUGAUUACUAUACUAUAGACUGACUACUAUACUAUAGACUGAUUACUAAACUAUAGACUGACUACUAUACUAUAGACUGACUACUAUACUAUAGACUGAUUACUAUACUAUAGACUGAUUACUAUACUAUAGACUGACUACUAUACUAUAGACUGACUACUAUACUAUAGACUGAUUACUAUACUAUAGACUGAUUACUAUACUAUAGACUGAUUACUAUACUAUAGACUGACUACUAUACUAUAGACUGACUACUAUACUAUAGACUGAUUACUAUACUAUAGACUGACUACUAUACUAUAGACUGAUUACUAUACUAUUGACUGACUACUAUACUAUAGACUGACUACUAUACUAUAGACUGAUUACUAAACUAUAGACUGACUACUAUACUAUAGACUGACUACUAUACUAUAGACUGAUUACUAUACUAUAGACUGACUACUAUACUAUAGACUGAUUACUAUACUAUAGACUGAUUACUAUACUAUAGACUGAUUACUAUACUAUAGACUGAUUACUAAACUAUAGACUGAUUACUAAACUAUAGACUGAUUACUAAACUAUAGACUGACUGCCUAGGGUAAUAUUAAAGAUCGAUGACCACUGCUAUAGACCUUUUUUUUUUUAUUCUCUAGCCCAGAGUGUCCCAACCCUGGUCCUCCAGUACCCCGAACAGUACACCGUUUUAUUGUAACCCUGGACAAGCACACCUGAUUCAACUUGAGUCAACGAAUCAUCAAGCUCAUCAAUGAGUUGAAUGAGGUGUGUUUGUCCAGGGAUACAACUAAACUGUGUACUGUUGGGGAUACUGGAGGACCAGGGUUGGGACACACUGCUCUAGUUGUAGAUGUAACUGUGUUCCUGUGUGUUAAACUCUCCAAUACCCUGUCAAUACCCUGUCAAUACCCUGUCAAUACCCUGCCAAUACCCAGAGUGUUCAUAAGAUGGAAUGGUAUUCAUCAAGUUCACUUUUUUUCUCCUGCAGUUCCUCAACCAAUCAGACAGCCACAGCUUACCAAUGGGCUCCCAGAAACCCCUGCUGGCCACGCCUCUACACCGAGACCACACACCCCGACACCAAAAAGAGAACGGCAUGUAAGCAUAUAUUUUUUUAUACUCUUAUUAUUAUUAGCACGUGUGUAACAAUAAUGAUCAAUAACCAACUCCAGUGUCAAUUGAUGUAAAACGAACGGGAGCCCGACGGGCAGAGCAGAGAGAGGAAUGACGCAGAGAGAGCAAGAGAGAGAGGAGCGAAAGAAGUGGGGAGCGAGAGAGAGAGAGAGAAAGAGAGAGAAGGGCGAGAGAGGGAGAUGAGGACAAGAGCGGGAAGGGGAGGAGAGAGAAAGGAGUCGCGAGACAAAAACUAGAGAGAAAAAAAGGAAACUUCUCUCUAAAAUUUUUUCUCUCUAAUUCUCUCUCGAACCCAUCCUGUAAUUCAUUUUUUCCUAAAAAUGUUCUCUCUUCUCUUUUACUCUGUUAGCCCUGCUCUCUCUUCUCGGCUCUCUCUCUAAACCUCCUAAAAAAGUAGCGAUUAUAAUUCAAAAAGAAACAAAAUGAGAGCGCGAGCGAGGAGUAGAGAGAUAAGAAGGGGAAGAGCGAGGAGGAAGAGGAGAGAGAGAGAGAGAGAGAAGUAGAGAGAAGCAGAGAGAGAGCGAGGAGAAAAGCAGAGAGCGAUUAAACUAAAAAUGAUUUCUUAUCUAUAUCUAUUAAUAUCUCAUAUUUAUAGGAUAUAUAUAUUCUAAUCUCCUAAUGCGGAUUCUAAUAUCAUCAUACUCUCCAAAGAUGAUCUAAUAUCUAUCUGCAUCCAUCUCUGAUCUCUCUCCCUUUUCUGAUCUCAAAACAAGGCAAUCAUACCAAAGAUCUACUUCUAAGCGAGGAUAACGAGGUCUAUAGAGAAGAGGAGAGUAAGAUAUCUAUAUAGACCUCCUGUUAUAGCUCGAUUCUAUAUCCUAUAUAAUGCGAAAUAAGCUACGCUAUCUAUCUCUUCUCCCCUCUGUAUAUCUUGAAUCCUCUCGAUAGUCGUCUCUAGUAUUCCCUCUCUCACUAUCCUCUCUCUCUCUCUCGCUACGCUCUAUAUCUACUCAUACGGUCUCUAUUCUCUCUCUCUCUCCCUCCGUCUCGCUCUCUUCUCUCUAUAUCUAUCUCCCCAUCCUUGUAGGCUCGACUAUAUCCUAUCUCUAUAUCUCUCUCCUCUCUCUCUCACACUCCGUCUCCUCUCUAUCUCUCUCUCUCAGCUACCUCUGUCUCGCUCGCUCUCUCUCUCUCUCUCUCUCCUCGAUCCCCUCCCUGUCUCUCUCUCUCUCUCUCUCUCUCUCUCUCUCAGGUUCUGGACUCCUACUAUCCGUCGUUCCCUCCUGGAGUUGUCUCCUCGUACUCCGACCCCCUUCAGGUCCUCCAUGGUAGAGUGUGUAAAGCAGGAAUCUAUGGAGUGUGUUGUCUCGGUCGGGGGCUCCCCAGACCAACAGCCACCCUUAAAGAAGAUCAAACAAGAGGUACUUUUACAUCAAUAUAUACAUGUGGUUGUGCUCAGACUCUGUGCUUAUAUUCUGUGGUUAUGUUCUGACCAGGUGUUUGCCCGUGUUCUGACCAGGUGUUUGCCCGUGUUCUGACCAGGUGUUUGCCCGUGUUCUGACCAGGUGUUUGCCCGUGUUCUGACCAGGUGUUUGCCCGUGUUCUGACCGUAGUUGUGUUGCAGAUGGAGUCUCCCUGUCUGCAGUGGGAGGGGCCAGACAUCCACGCCCAGCUCUUCUCCCCCUCCGGCCCCGCACAGGAAGUACCUGUAAGUCACAUGUCCUCCUCCUCCUCUUUGCUCCUCCUCUUCCUCCUUCUCCAGUCUACUCUUUUUUUAUAAUGAUUUCUUUAGACAGAUGGAAAGUAUAGUGCAGGGGUGUUCAGAGCCUGCUGCUUUUCUGAUUGACCUGAUCAUUAAUUGGUCGUGUCGCAGGUCUAAAUCCGUCCCUGAAAAAAACGCAGUGAACUGGCUUGGAGGUCCAGUGUUGAGUUUGUGGUCCUCUGUAGCUCAAUUGGUAGAGCGUGGCGCUUGUAACGCCAGGGUAGUGGGUUCGAUCCCCGGGACCACCCAUAUGUAAAAAUGUAUGCACACAUGACUGUAAGUCGCUUUGGAUAAAAGCGUCUGCUAAAUGGCAUAUUAUUAUUAUUACCAUUAUUAUUGUUGUGAUUAUUAUUCUAAAGGUUAUUAUUACUAAAGGUAUAGAAGGUAGAACAGGUUAGAGAGUGUCUGGAUUCGAUCCCAUGCCGUUGUUGGGACUGCAGCACUACACACCUGUCAGCUUUUAACCUUUCACCUUUCACCUUUCACCUUUCACCUUUCACCUUUCACCUCCCUAACCCUUGACCUUCUGACUGCUGUGCCUCUCUUACUGGAAUGUAUACACUGAGCGCACAAAACAUUAGGAACACCUGCUCUUUCCAUGACACAGACUGACCAGGUGAAUCCAGGUGAAAGCUAUGAUCCCUUAUUGAUGUCACUUGUUAAAUCCACUUCAAUCAGUGUAGAUGAAGGGGAGGAGACAGGGUUAAAGAAGGAUGUUUAAGCCUUGAGACAAUUGAGACAUGGAUUGUCAGAGGGUGAAUGGGCAAGACAACAUUUUUUAACUGCCUUUGAACGUGGUAGUAGGUGCCAGGCACACCGGUUUGAGUGUGUCAAGAAAUGCAACACUGCUGGAUUUUUCACGCUCAACGGUUUCCUGUGUGUUUAGUCUCUCUCUCUCUCUCUCUCUCUCUCGCUCUCUCUCUCUCUCUCUCUCUCUCUCUGUCUCUGUCUCUGUCUCUGUCUCUGUCUCUGUCUCUGUCUCUGUCUCUGUCUCUGUCUUUGUCUCUAUCUCUAUCUCUGUCUCUCUCUCUCUCUCUCUCUCUCUCUCUCUCUCUCUCUCUCUCUCUCUCUCUCUCUCUCUCUCUCUCUCUCUCUCUAUCUCUCUCAAUUCAAUUCAAUUCAAUUCAAUAGACUUUAUUGACAUGGCAAGUAAAAUUACUUACAUUGUCAAAGUAUACAUAUAACAAAAAUGGUGGGACCAACAGCAAUAAUAAUAGUAGUAGUGGAAAUGGGAUUACCAUUAACAGCAACUACAACAACAAUAUUAUUGAGAAUAACAAUACAUUAAAGCAAUAGUAGUCGACCAAUCUCAACAUGACUGAGAAGACACAUUACAUGCUAUGAAAGCCAAAACAAAACAGGAAAUAUUAUUGACAUUACAUUACACUUUUCACUGGCUGUCCCUCAGGUUGUGGCAGGAGGACACAUACAGUGGGGAAAAAAAGUAUUUAGUCAGCCACCAAUUGUGCAAGUUCUCCCACUUAAAAAGAUGAGAGAGGCCUGUAAUUUUCAUCAUAGGUACACGUCAACUAUGACAGACAAAUUGAGAAAAAAAAUCCAGAAAAUCACAUUGUAGGAUUUUUAAUUAAUUUAUUUGCAAAUUAUGGUGGAAAAUAAGUAUUUGGUCACCUACAAACAAGCAAGAUUUCUGGCUCUCACAGACCUGUAACUUCUUCUUUAAGAGGCUCCUCUGUCCUCCACUCGUUACCUGUAUUAAUGGCACCUGUUUGAACUUGUUAUCAGUAUAAAAGACACCUGUCCACAACCUCAAACAGUCACACUCCAAACUCCACUAUGGCCAAGACCAAAGAGCUGUCAAAGGACACCAGAAACAAAAUUGUAGACCUGCACCAGGCUGGGAAGACUGAAUCUGCAAUAGGUAAGCAGCUUGGUUUGAAGAAAUCAACUGUGGGAGCAAUUAUUAGGAAAUGGAAGACAUACAAGACCACUGAUAAUCUCCCUCGAUCUGGGGCUCCACGCAAGAUCUCACCCCGUGGGGUCAAAAUGAUCACAAGAACGGUGAGCAAAAAUCCCAGAACCACACGGGGGGACCUAGUGAAUGACCUGCAGAGAGCUGGGACCAAAGUAACAAAGCCUACCAUCAGUAACACACUACGCCGCCAGGGACUCAAAUCCUGCAGUGCCAGACGUGUCCCCCUGCUUAAGCCAGUACAUGUCCAGGCCCGUCUGAAGUUUGCUAGAGUGCAUUUGGAUGAUCCAGAAGAGGAUUGGGGAGAAUGUCAUAUGGUCAGAUGAAACCAAAAUAUAACUUUUUGGUUAAAAAACUCAACUCGUCGUGUUUGGAGGACAAAGAAUGCUGAGUUGCAUCCAAAGAACACCAUACCUACUGUGAAGCAUGGGGGUGGAAACAUCAUGCUUUGGGGCUGUUUUUCUGCAAAGGGACCAGGACGACUGAUCCGUGUAAAGGAAGGAAUGAAUGGGGCCAUGUAUCGUGAGAUUUUGAGUGAAAACCUCCUUCCAUCAGCAAGGGCAUUGAAGAUGAAACGUGGCUGGGUCUUUCAGCAUGACAAUGAUCCCAAACACACCGCCCGGGCAACGAAGGAGUGGCUUCGUAAGAAGCAUUUCAAGGUCCUGGAGUGGCCUAGCCAGUCUCCAGAUCUCAACCACAUAGAAAAUCUUUGGAGGGAGUUGAAAGUCUGUGUUGCCCAGCGACAGCCCCAAAACAUCACUGCGCUAGAGGAGAUCUGCAUGGAGGAAUGGGCCAAAAUACCAGCAACAGUGUGUGAAAACCUUGUGAAGACUUACAGAAAACGUUUGACCUGUGUCAUUGCCAACAAAGGGUAUACAGUAAUCCCUCGUUUAUCGCGGGGGUUACGUUCCGAAAAUGACCCGCGAUAAGUGAAAUCCGCGAAAUAGAAAACUUUUUUUUUUUACAAUUAGCAACUAUUACAUGUAUACAAAUACAGUGACUCACGUGUAGGCCGUUUCACUGCUCUUCAGACUGGGCCGCUGCAUCCUGACUGCGCUCUGCAGUGUUCUCUUCUUCUGAAGCCCGCGGUGCAGGUGUGUUUGUUCGGGAGAAGAACAUAGUGAUAGGCAGCUGUUGUCGCUCUUUUUUCUUCUUUGCAAAAAGAUCCUUGUACACCGACAUGCCACCAUCGAUUACGUUGGAGAACUGUAAUGAACGGCUCAUCAAAGGGUCCCAUUCCUCAGCUACUCGCUUAAGUUCAGUGGCCAUUCGCACCAUGGUUGCUAAGCGACCAAGCGUUAGUCCUUCCUCCUCAUCUCUCGAUUCAUUGAUUCCGUAAUGGCGAGCAACGGCUGCAUAGCUUUUACCUUCCCUUAGCAUGUCCAGAAGUUUAACUUUAUCUGAGAUAGGUAGCAUCUUCCGCCGUUUGGGCCCAUCCGCAGGUGCUUUUGUCGGUCCAGGCCGUUUCAUCGACAUUAUGGGUUUAGGAGAUGUUCGAAAUUACAAGAUAAUUUGGCCAACUUAAUGUAAAUUUGCCAAGCUGUUUUAUGUACGUACACAUAACUGCACGAGACGACAAAAUGAUAGCACAAUUCGUAGCAUGUUUUGAUACAAGAAGCGGGAGUGAGUUUUUAGUGAAUCAGAAUGCAGAGCACAAUGCACCAAAAAAAAAAAAAUGCAUUAUGAAAAUCCGCGAAAUAGCGAAUCCGCGAUAAGUGAACCGCGAAGUGGCGAGGGAUCACUGUAUAACAAAGUAUUGAGAAACUUUUGUUAUUGACCAAAUACUUAUUUUCCACCAUAAUUUGCAAAUAAAUUCAUAAAAAAUCCUACAAUGUGAUUUUCUGGAUUUUUUUUUUCUCAUUUUGUCUGUCAUAGUUGACGUGUACCUAUGAUGAAAAUUACAGGCCUCUCUCAUCUUUUUAAGUGGGAGAACAUGCACAAUUGGUGGCUGACUAAAUACUUUUUUCCCCCACUGUAUUUGGCUGCCAAAAUUGCACAUUUAGGCUUUUCACCCAAUAAAUAUUUGAUUUUUUCUUCCUCUUUUAUAGUUUCAAAUUCUUUGUACUGAAUGAUAAUUUUGGGAAAGAAAGAUUCUCUUAGGUCUGAGUAUUUGUCACAGUGUAGUAGGAAAUGCAGCUCUGUCUCUACCUCUCCCCUGGGGCAGAGUGAGCACAGCCUGUCCUCUCUGGGCAGCCAGGUUUGCCUGUGACGACCGGUCUCUAUAGCCAGACUGUGCUCACUGAGUCUGUACCUAGUCAGUGUUUUUCUCAGUUUUCUAUCAGUCACAGUGGUCAGAUAGUCUGCCACCAUGUACUGUCUGUUUAGAGCCAAAUAGCAUUGAAGUUUACUUAGAUUUUUUGUGGUUUCUUUCCAAUAGGUGAUAUAUUUUUCUUUUUGCUUUGUGAUGAUUUGGUUGGGCCAGAUUUUCUGAGUGUUGUCCUGAGGCUCUAUGAGGUUGGUUUUGAUUAGUGAACUGAGCCUCAGAACCAGCUGGCUGAGGGGACUCUUCUCUUGUUUCAUCUCUUGACAUAGUAGAGCUGUGUGAUGGAAUGUUUUGGGGUCACUUGUUUUUAGAUGGUUGUAAAAUUUGAUGGCUCUUUUUUCUAUUCGAAUAAGGAGGGGGUAUUGGCCCAAUUCUGCUCUACAUGCGUUAUUUUGAGUUUUUCUUUGCACUUGCAAUACAGUCUUGCAAAACUCUGCAUGCAGUAUUUCGAUUGGAUAUUUGUCCCAUUUGGUAAAUUCAGUAUUAGAGAGCGGACCCCAUACUUUGCUGCCAUAUAGAGCAAUUGGUUCUAUAACUGAUUGGAAGAUUUUGAGCCAGAUUCUAAUUGGAAUUUCGAUUUUAAUAUUCCUUUUAAUGGCAUAGAAUGCUCUUCUUGCUUUGUCUCUCAGCUCAUUCACAGCCAUGUGAAAGCUACCUGUGUUGCUGAUAUUUAGUCCUAGAUAUGUGUAAUUUUUGGUGUGUUCUAAUAGAACUGUGUCCAAAUAGAAUUUAUAUUUGUCAUCCUGAUUUCCGGACCUUUUUUGGAAUAUCAUUAUAUUCGGUUUUUUUAGAUUAACGGUCAGGGCCCAGGUCUGACAGAAUUUGUGCAGAUGAUCUAGAUGCUGCUGUAACCCCUCCUUAGUGGGAGACAGUAGCACCAGGUCAUCUGCGUCCAGCAGACACUUGAUUUCAGUGUUGUGUAGGGUGAGACCAGGUGCUGCCGAUUCUUCUAAUGUUUUUGCCAAUUCGUUAAUGUAGAUGUUAAAUAGUGUUGGACUUAUUGGGCAGCCCUGUUUCACUCCACGUCCCUGAGAGAAGAAGUCUGUUUGCUUGUUGCAGAUUUUAAUCGCACAUUUGUUUUUAGUGUACAUUGAUUUAAUAACAUCAUAUGUUUUCCCUCCAAUACCACUUUCUAUUAGUUUGUAAAAAAGACCUUCGUGCCAAAUUGAAUCAAAUGCUUUCUUGAAGUCUACAAAACACAAGUAGAUUUUGCCUUUGUUUUGAUUUACUUGUUUGUCAAUUAGAGUCUGGAGGGUGUAAAUGUGGUCUGUUGUACGAUAAUGUUUUACAAAUCCAAUCUGGCUUCUGCUUAGGACGUUGUGUUCAUCAAGGAAAUUAUGUAGUCUGCUGUUUAUGAUACUGCAGAGAAUUUUCCCCAAGUUGCUGUUAACGCAAAUUCCUCUGUAAUUAUUUGGGUCAAUUUUGUUUCCAUUUUUAUAAAUUGGUGUGAUCAAUCCUUGGUUCCAAAUAUCGGGGAAAAUACCUGCAGUUAGGAUAAUGUUGAAGAGUUUGAGUAUAGCCAAUUUGAAUUUGUGGUCUGUAUAUUUGAUCAUUUCAUUUAAAAUACCAUCAGCACCACAGGCCUUUUUGGGUUGGAGAGUGCAACGUUUUUCCAAUAAUUAUUAUUCUGUAAUUGGGGAAUCCAGAGGAUUCUGAUAGUCUUUGACUGCUGAUUCAAGGAUUUGUAAUUUUUCUUGUAUAUCUUGUUGUUCUGGGCUCUUUGUUAUAAUGCUGCAGAGGUUUGCAAAGGGAUUUCUCCACAUAUCCCCAUUUUGGAUAGCCAAUUCCUCAUUAUGAGGUUUGUUUAAUUUAUUCAAAUUCUCCCAGAAGUGGUUUGAUUCUAUGGAUUCCUCAAUCACAUCUAGCUGAUUUCUAAUGUGCUGUUCCUUUUUUCUUCUUAGGGUGUGUUUGUAUUGCUUCAGUGUUUCCCCAUAUUGAAGACGUAUAUUUUUGUUGUCUGGGUCUCUGUGUUUAUGAUUAGAUAUAUUUCUCAAUGACUUUCUUAGAUUUUUGCAAUCAUUAUCAAACCAUUUUUCAUGAUCUAUUAUUUUUGGUUUGCUCUUAAGUUUAUUAAGAUUAGCCAAGGAGGCGAAUUUGUGAAAUAUAAAGUUUAUGUUCCAAAUGGACAAAUGUACACCUUCAUUGGUGUAGGAGAAUGUUAAUGCUAAAAAGUUGUCCAGGAGAGAUUGUAUUUUUUGGCUACUAAUUGCUUUUUGGUAGAUUUCUGUACUGUUUGCACUCCAUCUAUAGGUCUGUUUAGUACCAUGUAAUUUAUUGGGCCGUGAUGCUUCAUGGUUGGGUUCCGCUCUUCUCAGAUACACUGUGAUUUUACUGUGGUCUGAGAGAGGUGUUAGUGGGCUGACUGUGAAGGCUCUGAGAGACUCUGGGUUGAGGUCGGUGAUGAAGUAGUCUACAGUACUGCUGCCAAGGGAUGAGCUGUAGGUGUACCUACCAAAUGAGUCCCCUCUUAACCUACCAUUGACUGUACAGACCCAGUGUUCGACAGAGCUUCAGGAGCUGUACUCCAUUUUUAUUUUUCACUUUGUCAUAGUUGUUUCUAGGGGGGUAUGUGGGGAGGGGUAGGUUGUUGCUUCCCGGUAGGUGUUUGUCCCCAUGACUGUUAAUAGUGUCUAGUUCUUCUGCUGUUCUAGCAUUCAGGUCUCCACAGACCAGCACAUUGCCUUGGGCCUGAAAGUGACUAAUCUCCCCCUCUAGAAUGGAGAAACUCUCUUAAUUGAAGUAGGGUGACUCUGAGGGGGGAAUGUAUGUGGCACAGAGGAAGACGUUGUUAUCUGUUAAGAUAGCUUCCUUGUUGAUUUUUUGCCAGAUAAAGAAUUCUCCUGUUUUGAUCAAUUCGAUUGAAUUAGUUAGUUCAGAUUUAUACCAUAUUAGCAUUCCCCCUGAGUCUCUGCCCUGUGUGAUUCCUUUUAAUUUGGUGGAUGGUACGAUUAUCUCCCUAUAACCUAGUGGACAGCCAGUGGAAACAUCACCUCUGCACCAUGUUUCCUGUAGUACUACAAUAUCAACAUCAUCAAUUUAUUUAAGGAAGUCUGGGUUUAUGCUCUUUAGCCCAAAAGCAGAGGACUUCAAGUCUUGUAAAUUCCAACAUGCAACGUAAAAAGACUUACAUUUACAUUUACAUUUACGUCAUUUAGCAGACGCUCUUAUCCAGAGCGACUUACAAAUAGGUGCAUUCACCCUAUAGCCAGUGGGAUAACCACUUAACAAUAUUUUUAUUUUUUAUUUUUUUAUUUUUUAGGGGGGGGGGGUAGAAGGAUUACUUUAUCCUAUCCCAGGUAUUCCUUAAAGAGGUGGGGUUUCAAAUGUCUCCGGAAGGUGGUGAGUGACUCCGCUGUCCUGGCGUCGUGAGGGAGCUUGUUCCACCAUUGGGGUGCCAGAGCAGCGAACAGUUUUGACUGGGCUGAGCGGGAACUAUGCUUCCGCAGAGGAAGGGGAGCCAGCAGGCCAGAGGUGGAUGAACGCAAUGCCCUCGUUUGGAUGUAGGGACUGAUCAGAGCCUGAAGGUACAGAGGUGCCGAUCCCCUCACAGCUCCAUAGGCAAGCACCAUGGUCUUGUAACAGUGGAGUGUGCGGAGGAGCGGGGUGACGUGAGAGAACUUGGGAAGGUUGAACACCAGACGGGCUGCGGCAUUCUGGAUGAGUUGUAGGGGUUUAAUGGCACAGGCAGGGAGCCCAGCCAACAGCGAGUUGCAGUAAUCCAGACGGGAGAUGACAAGUGCCUGGAUUAGGACCUGUGCCGCUUCCUGUGUAAGGCAGGGUCGUACUCUCCGAAUGUUGUAGAGCAUGAACCUGCAGGAUCGGGUCACCGCCUUGAUGUUAGCGGAGAACGACAGGGUGUUGUCCAGGGUCACGCCAAGGCUCUUCGCACUCUGGGAGGAGGACACAAUGGAGUUGUCAACCGUGAUGGCGAGAUCAUGGAACGGGCAGUCCUUCCCCGGGAGGAAGAGCAGCUCCGUCUUGCCAAGGUUCAGCUUGAGGUGGUGAUCCGUCAUCCAUACUGAUAUGUCUGCCAGACAUGCAGAGAUGCGAUUCGCCACCUGGUUAUCAGAAGGGGGAAAGGAGAAGAUUAGUUGUGUAUUGUCAGCGUAGCAAUGAUAGGAGAGGGCCUAGAACUGAGCCCUGGGGGACACCAGUGGUGAGAGCACGUGGUGCGGAGACAGCUUCUCGCCACGCCACUUGGUAGGAGCGACCGGUCAGGUAGGACGCGAUCCAGGAGUGAGCCGCGCCGGAGAUGCCCAGCUCGGAGAGGGUGGAGAGGAGGAUCUGAUGGUUCACAGUAUCAAAGGCAGCAGACAGGUCUAGAAGGACAAGAGCAGAGGAGAGAGAGUUAGCUUUAGCAGUGCGGAGAGCCUCCGUGACACAGAGAAGAGCAGUCUCAGUUGAAUGACCAGUCCUGAAACCUGACUGGUUUGGAUCAAGAAGGUCAUUCUGAGAGAGAUAGCAAGAGAGUUGGCUAAAGACGGCACGCUCAAUAGUUUUGGAAAGAAAAGAAAGAAGGGAUACUGGUCUGUAGUUGUUGACAUCAGUGGGAUCGAGUGUUGGUUUUUUGAGAAGGGGUGCAACUCUCGCUCUCUUGAAGACGGAAGGGACUUCAGAACUGUUUUUUCUUUACAUUCAAAAUGAGAAUGUCUCUCUCUCUCUCUCCAAUGUGUCAAGUAAUUCUCUUUUUGUAAUUCUCUUUUUAUUUUCUCAUGAUUUGGUUGGGUCUAAUUGUGCUGCUGUCCUGGGGCUCUGUGGGAUCUGUUUGUGUUUGUGAACAGAGCCCCAGGACACUUCUCCAGGUUCUCCAGGUUCAUCUCUCUGUAGGUGAUGGCUUUGUUAUGGAAGGUUUGUGAAUCGCUUCCUUUUAGGUGGUUGUAGAAUUUAAUGGCUCUUUUCUGGAUUUUGAUAAUUAGCGGGUAUCGGCCUAAUUCUGCUCUGCAUGAAUUAUUUGGUGUUUUACGUUGUAUACGGAGGAUAUUUUUGCAGAAUUCUGCAUGCAGAUUCUCAAUUUGGUGGUUGUCCCUUUUUGUGAAUUCUUGUUUGGUGAGCGGACCCCAGACCUCACAACCAUAAAGGGCAAUGGGUUCUAUAACUGAUUCAAGUAUUUUUAGCCAGAUCCUAAUUGGUAUGUCGAAUUUUAUGUUAUUUUUGAUGGCGUAAAAAGCACUGAUGUUUAGGCCAAGGUAGGUAUACUUUUUUGUGUGCUCUAUGGCAAUGGUGUCUAGAUAGAAUUUGUAUUUGUUGUCUUGGCUACUGGAUCUUUUUUGUAACACCAUUAUUUCUGUCUUACAGAGAUUUACUGUCAGGGCCCAGGUCUGACAGAAUCUGUGCAGAAGAUCUAGGUGCUGCUGUAGGCCCUCCUUGGUUGGGGACAAAAGCACCAGAUCAUCAGCAAACAUUAGACAUUUGACUUCAGAUUCUAGUAGGGUGAGGCCGGGUGCUGCAGACUGUUCUAGUGCCCUCGCCAAUUCGUUGAUAUUUAUGUUGAAGAGGGUGGGGGCUUAAGCUGCAUCCCUGUCUCACCCCACGGCCCUGUGGAAAGAAAUGUGUGUCUUUUGCCAAUUUUAACCGCACACUUGUUGUUUGUGUACAUAGAUUUUAUAAUGUUGCAGGUUUUUCCCCCAACAUCACUUUCCAUCAAUUUGUAUAGCAGACCCUCAUGCCAAAUCUCUUUCUCUAGGAUCUGCUGACUAGUUCUGUGCUGAGUGAAGACGGACACAAACCCUACCACAUCCCCCGUCGUCCUCUGGGCAGCCCGCUACAGGUUUGUGUGUGUGUAUGGACAUGUUGAACUAUAUUUGUCGGGACCAGAAGUCACCACAAGAAUAGUAAACAAACAGAAAUGUGACCAGCCAAUGUCAAAUGCUACACUACCGUUCAAAAGUUUGGGGUCACUUAGAAAUGUCCUUGUUUUUCAUAAAAGCAUACAUGAAAUGAGUUUGAAUAGGAAAUAUAGCAAAAUGCAUAGGAAAUGUAGUCAUUGACAAGGUUAGAAAUAAUGAUUGUGUCCUUCAAAAUGUUGCUUUCGUCAAAGAAUCCUCCAUUUGCAGCAAUUACAGCCUUGCAGACCUUUGGCAUUCUAGUUGUCAAUUUGUUGAGGUAAUCUGAAGAGAUUUCACCCCAUGCUUCCUGAAGCACCUCCCACAAGUUGGAUUGGCUUGAUGGGCACUUCUUACGUACCAUACGGUCAAGCUGCUCCCACAACAGCUCAAUAGGGUUGAGAUCCGGUGACUGUGCUGGCCACUCCAUUAUAGACAGAAUACCAGCUGACUGCUUCUUCCCUAAAUAGUUUUGCAUAGUUUGGAGCUGUGCUUUGGGUCAUUGUCCUUUUGUAGGAGGAAAUUGGCUCCAAUCAAGCGCCAUCCACAGGGUAUGGCAUGGCAGUUGCAAAAUGGAGUUAUAGCCUUCCUUCUUCAAGAUCCCUUUUACCCUGUACAAAUCUCCCACUUUACAAGCACCCCCAGACCAUCACAUUGCCUCCACCAUGCUUGACAGAUGGCAUCAAGCACUCCUCCAGCAUCUUUUCAUUUGGUCUGAGUCUCACAAAUGUUCUUCUUUGUUAUCCGAACACCUCAAACUUCAAUUUGUCUGUCCAUAACACUUUUUUCCAAUCUUCCUCUGUCCAGUGUCUGUGUUAUUUUGCCCAUCUUAAUAUUUUAUUUUUAUUGGCCAGUCUGAGAUAUGGCUUUUUCUUUGCAACUCUGCCUAGAAGGUCAGCAUCCCGGAGUCGCCUCUUCACUGUUGACGUAAAGACUGGUGUUUUGUGGGUUAGGGUUAGGGUUAGGAGCUAGGGUUAGGGUUAGGAUUAAGUUUAGGGUUAGGGGUUAGGGUUAGAAUUAGGGUUAGGGGCUAGGGUUAGGGUUAGGGUUAGGAGAUAGGGUUAGGGUUAGGAGCUAGGGUUAAGGUUAGGAGAUAGGGUCAGGGUUAGGAGAUAGGGUUAGGGUUAGGGUUAGGAGCUAUGGUUAGGGUUAGGAGAUAGGGUUAGGGUAAGGAGCUAGGGUUAGGAGCUAGGGUUAGGGUUAGGAGCUAGGGUUAGGGUUAGGAGCUAGGGUUAGGGUUAGGGUUAGGAGCUAGGGUUAGGAGCUAGGGUUAGGGUUAGGGUUAGGAUUAAGGUUAGGGUUAGGGGUUAGGGUUAGAAUUAGGGUUAGGAGCUAGGAGCUAGGGUUAGGGUUAGGGUUAGGGUUAGGAGCUAGGGUUAGGGUUAGGGUUAGGAGCUAGGGUUAGGGUUAGGAUUAAGGUUAGGGUUAAGGGUUAGGGUUGGAAUUAGGGUUAGGGUUAGGGUGAGGGUUAGGAGAUAGGGUUAGGAGAUAGGGUUAGGGUUAGGAGCUAGGGUUAGGGUUAGGGUUAGGAGCUAGGGUUAGGGUUAGGGUUAGGAGAUCGGGUUAGGGUUAGGAGAUAGGGUUAGGGUUAGGGUUAGGAGCUAGGGUUAGGGUUAGGAGAUAGGGUUAGGGUUAGGAGAUAGGGUCAGGGUUAGGGUUAGGAGCUAGGGUUAGGGUUAGGGUUAGGGUAAGGAGCUAGGGUUAGGGUUAGGGUUAGGAGCUCGGGUUAGGAGCUAGGGUUAGGGUUAGGAGCUAGGGUUAGGGUUAGGGUUAGGGUUAGGGUUAGGAGCUAGGGUUAGGGUUAGGGUUAGGAGCUAGGGUUAGGGUUAGGAGCUAGGGUUAGGGUUAGGGUUAGGAUUAAGUUUAGGGUUAGGGGUUAGGGUUAGAAUUAGGGUUAGGGGCUAGGGUUAGGAGCUAGGAGCUAGGGUUAGGGUUAGGGUUAGGAGCUAGGGUUAGGAUUAGGAGCUAGGGUUAGGGUUAGGGUUAGGAUUAAGGUUAGGGUUAAGGGUUAGGGUUAGAAUUAGGGUUAGGGGCUAGGGUUAGGAGCUAGGGUUAGGGUUAGGGGCUAGGGUUAGGGUUAGGAUUAAGGUUAGGGGCUAGGGUUAGGUUUAGGAGCUAGGGUUAGGGUUAGAAUUAGGGUUAGGGGCUAGGGUUAGUUUUAGGGUUAGGAGCUAGGGUUAGGGUUAGGAUUAAGGUUAGGUUUUGGAGUUACGGUUAGGGUUAAGGUUAGCGGGUUAAGGAAUUGUGUGUCCCCACAAGGUUACUUAUACAAGACUGUGUGUGUGUGUGUGUGUGUGAACUGCUACAGGUGUAUGCCCACUGUUGCUAGAGGGUCACAACGCUUUCAAAGUGAUUUAUGUAACAUGUCAGCAAUGUCAUGCAAAACUCUCUCUCUCUCUCUCUCUCUCUCUCUCUCUCUCUCUCUCUCUCUCUCUCUCUCUAUCUCUCUCUCUCUCUCUCUCUCUCUCUCUCUCUCUCUCCCCUGUCUCUCUCUCUCUCUCUCUCUCUCUCUCUCUCUCUCUCUCUCUCUCUCUCUCUCUCUCUCUCUCUCUCUCUCUCUCUCUCUCUCUCUCUCUCUCUCUCUCUCUCUCUCUCUCUCUCUCUCUCUCUCUCUCUCUCUCUCUCUCUCUCUCUCUCAGCAGCUCAACACUUGGGACCAAGUGGCUUGUGGGAAGGUGGAGGACCAAGUCUUGGCUUUAGAGCAGAACCAUAAAUACAUCAACACUUACUCUGCCAGGACCUUGGUCAUGUAA